UUUUUUUUUUCUUUCUUUCUUAUAAAUAUAUAAAUAUAUCAUGUCCAAAAAGCAACAAGCAGCAGAAGUACUUGUACGAUUAUUAGUAUCAGCAGGAAAAGCUUCACCUCAACCUCCUGUUGGACCUGCUUUAGGUGCAAGAGGUGUGAAAUCCAUGGAUUUUUGUAAACAAUUCAAUGACAAGACCAAACAUAUUAUUACCGAUACACCAGUACCAACUGUUAUUACCAUUAAACCCGAUCGUACCUUUACAUUUGUUACAAAGACACCUCCAACUACCUUUUUAUUGAAACGGGCAGCAGGUAUUGACAAAGGAGCAUCAAAACCUGGAACAGAAAUUGUCGGCAACGUCAGUUUAAAACAUGUAUACGAGAUCGCCAAGUUGAAGCAACAAGAUACCAACCUCAAGCAUUUAUCACUAGAAAGUAUUUGUGGAAGUAUCAUUGGUGUGGCCAAAAGUGUUGGAAUUCAAGUAGUCCAUUAGUUUGGUUUUAAUGUAUAGUUUAAUUUAGUUUAUAGUUUUUUAUUGUUCUUCAUAUGCAUCGCGUCCUCCUUUUUUAUUUUUAUUUUUUUUUUAUAUAGAUUGUAUAUGUUGAUAUGGAUAGACAGUUUAUUAUUAUUAUUAUUAUUGUUUUGAUGGAUG